AUGAACCUUUCAAAAGGGCAAGCUAUAGCAGAAACCUUGGUCCAAGUGACUGGUGGCAAAUCUCAUAUUAUCUUGUGUGGCCGCAACAAGACCGCGGCUGAUAAAGUUUUCGAGAAACUUCUGAAGAACCUUGGCUCAAAAUAUGAGUUCGAGCAAUGCGAUGCUACACUCAUGUCAAACGUACGAAACACUACAUCGUCGCUCGUUGAGCGCCUUCCCAAGCUCAAUUACCUGGUUCUUUCUCCUGGAUUCGUAUCGCUCAAGGGGCGGGAUGAAACAUCAGAAGGGAUAGACAGGAAGCUCGCACUCAACUAUUACGCCCGCUGGAAAUUUAUAUACGACCUCAUGCCGCUGCUUGAAAAGGCCAAGGAGCGGGGUGAAGAUGCCCGUGUUCUAACUGUCCUUUCCUCCGGCACAAAUAGUAAGAUUGACGAAAACGACUUGGACCUCAAAAGGGGGUAUGGACUCAAAGCCGCGGCAGAUAGUGCGACUGCCAUGAAUGAUUUCAUGGUUGAAGAUUUUGCCGCGCAAUACCCCGAUAUAGCAUUUGUUCACGCACACCCUGGCCUUGUUCGAACUCCAUCAUUUCACUGGUCGAUAAGGCUCUUUGCACCCAUCAUUUAUCUGAUGAGUGUGUCGCCUGCUGACUGCGCUCAAUGGAUGCUGAACGGACUCCUGGAUCCAAAGUUCGCAAAGGGACCGUCCUUCAUGUGA